UCUGAACAACAAUAAAAUGGCAAAGACUCGAGCUGAUAUUUCAAAGUUCUUCACGCUGGUGGCAAACGAGCUUACCAUAAUGUAUCAGUCGUUGAGGCAGUAUAAUAAUCUGGUGUACAGAGGCGCAACGGCUUUGCCUCAGAACAUAGCUGUACAGAUUGUGAACGUAGUGUUCCCACCUGGGAACACGGAUUACAGUUUUGUGACUGAUAACCUCAACCAAGGGGUCCUGACAGAUUUAGCGUUGGAUUCGUUCCGAGUGUUCCUGGAUACGUACAUAUCACCUGUACCCUAUGACCACGCGACUUUGGUUACAGGGUUUGACCUGCGAAGAGUUGACGGAAGACAUCGUGUCGGUAGAGCGUAUGUGUUAAGCAUGUGCUGGCAGGAUGCCUUUGAUUUGGGAUUUCACAGUUCGGUAACUGAGCUCACUGCCGAUGUCAUGGAAACAAUGGCUAAAAUGCUUGGAUUUGGAUUGGGCAUGCGACACGAUGGUAUCCAGAAUUCAUGUGCGAAUCAAAAAUUCCUUAUGACUGGCCCUGAUGUUGUCGCAUCCACUAGCACCGUUCCAACCUAUAGAACAUUUUCGCAGUGUUCGUCUGAAGAACUAGAAUAUUUCACAAAUAGUUCUAGUGUGUGUGUAUGA